AUGGCAGGCGAAGAUCUGACAGAUGACUAUGUUGCUAGUCUCCUAGCAAAGGAUGCGAAAGAGAGCUCGAUCAAAUAUUCUUCAGUAGGCUUAGAAGCCUUCGGGCGCUCCAAACCUCCAGCAAACAAGCCCAAGCCAAAUACGAGAUUCUUAAGAAAUAUCAUCAAAGACACGGACAGCCACAAUGCGGCGCUUCUCGCGAAAGAAGCUGCGGAGUCCCGCGCCCGGCUGAAGAGCUUGGCCCCUAGCGUUACGUCCCGAGAGAAGACUGUUGCAGGCGCUGAUAUACGAAGACGACAGCUGGGUGAUAUUGCGGCUAUUCUAGGAGGACGCUCUACCAAGCGAAAGAGAGAGGAGCGUGGGAAUAGGGAGGGCAAGACGGUUAAUUAUUCGAGUGAGGAUGAGGAGAAGCCUAGGAGUAAGAAAUCGAAGGACAAGCCUGAAGAGACAUCUGGAGUGAAGCGCCAACGAGAGAGAGACAGGGAUGAGGGUAAGGAGGGAAGUGGAAGGUCUAGAGAUCACAGAAGUUCUCGAAGAGACAGAAGCCCUUCCGAAGACAGAAGAAAAGACAGAGAGAGACGAAGACACAGAUCACCCAGGGAACGCCGAGAUAUAGACGAUGAAACCAGGAUUCGACGCAGAUCGCCGAGGAGGAAAAGAUCGCGAUCUCCCGAGACGGACAGAUCCGGAGAGAGAUCGCAUCGGUCGCAUCGGUCGCAUAGACACAGACGGUCUCCCUCGACUGAGCGCAAAAUUUCAAAGGCAGAAUCAAAACAAACGAAUGAACCAGACUACGACUCCGACCCUCUCGACGAUAUCAUCGGUCCUCGACCACCCCCAAUUCCCGAAGUGAAGUGCAAAGGCCGCGGUAUCAUGUCGAAAAGCUCUGGAAUCGACUCCCGAUUUUCAGCGAACUACGAUCCUACAGCCGACGUACAGCUCGAUUUCGAUGAAGAGAACGAUUGGGAUCAAGCACUAGAAGCCUUGCGAGACCGCACGAAGUGGAAACAACAGGGUGCAGACCGCUUACGAGCUGCAGGAUUUACAGAUGAGGAGGUUAGCAAAUGGGAGAGAGGGGGUGAAAAGCGUGAGGAAGAUGUCAAGUGGAGUAAGAAGGGCGAGGGCAGGGAGUGGGAUAGGGGAAAGAUUGUUAGCGAGAGCGGGUUUAUCAGUAUCCAGGCCAAGUUCGGGGAGUCGACCCUCCACCCGAGUUUCUUUCCUCUGGCUUCAUCCUGUUCAGGCAUAGUUCGUCUUUCGGGUCCCAACAGCUAUGCUCUUACUCAAACCCAUCCAAAGGUAUCAGGAUCGGUCGAUGGUGCACCCUUCAGGGUCCUCACAUGCGUUCACUUUCACUUCUAUCGGUUCGUGAAUGGCAUGAUGCGGAGGGCGGAGUUGCGAAAGAGCGAUUGCAGGAGUUUCUGUCGGUGGGUUUUGGGGGUUGGGUUGGGAGAGGGAGGGCGGAGGAGGGGAGGGUGUGAUGAGGAGAGCAGAGGGGGGAUGGGAGGACAAUGUAACUGUUCGGCUCGGGCAACUUAUCGGAUGGUUAAGCACAUGCCUUAA